AUGGGUUCCGAGGACGACAGUCAGCAGAAGCCCGUCAUCAUCGUCGGCGGCGGCCUGGCCGGCCUCGUCGCUGCCUUUGAGCUGGCCGAGCGCAAAGUGCCGUCGCUCAUCAUCGACCAGGAGAACGAGAGCAGCCUGGGAGGACAGGCCUUUUGGUCCCUGGGCGGCCUGUUCCUGGUCAACUCGUACUACCAGCGCCGCAUGGGCAUCAAGGACUCGCGGGAGCUGGCCAUGCGCGACUGGCUGGGGUCUGCCGGCUUCGACCGUGACGAGGACUACUGGCCGCGGCAGUGGGCAAAGGCCUUUGUGGACUUUGCCGCCGACGAGUUUGAGGACUAUGUGAGGGCCCGCGGGCUGGGAUUCCUCUUCAACGUGGGCUGGGCCGAGCGCGGCGAUGGAAGGGCUGACGGCCAUGGAAACUCGGUGCCGCGCUUCCACAUUGCCUGGGGAGCUGGGCCGGAGGUUGUUCGCAUCUUUGCGGAUCCCGUCAAGAAGGCGGCGGAGGAGGGGCUGGUGCAGUUCAAGUUCCGGCAUCAGGUUGACGAGCUCAUCGUCGACGGCACAGGACGAGCUGUCGGCGUCAAGGGCAGCGUUCUGGAGGAGGAUGACCAGGCCAGAGGCGUCAAGACGUCACGGACUGUUGUCGACUCCUUCGAGCUCUACGGCUCCGCCAUCAUCGUCACCUCGGGUGGCAUUGGCGGCGACAUUGAGGCCGUGAAGCGGAACUGGCCCGUGGAAAGACUGGGACCAAAGGUGCCCGAUUACUUGGUCAUCGGCGUGCCCGCCCACGUCGACGGCCGCAUGCUUCACAUCUCGGAGAGCGCCGGUGCCAACAUUGUCAACCGUGACCGCAUGUGGCACUACACCGAGGGUCUGCAGAACUGGGAUCCCAUCUGGCCCGAGCACGGCAUCCGCAUCCUGCCGGCCCCUUCGUCUCUCUGGCUGGACGCUUCUGGCAAACGCUUCCCCCCGUAUCUGUUCCCCGGAUCCGAUACUCUCAGCACGCUCAAGGCCAUCUGCGCAACGGGCUACGACUACAGCUGGUUCAUCCUUGACCAGUCCAUCAUUGCGCGUGAAUUCGCCCUCUCUGGCUCGGAGCAGAACCCUGAUCUGACGGCCAAGAGCAUCUGGGAGGUGUUCAAGAACAGAAUCUUUAGCAAGAAGGGAACAAUGAAUGUGCAAUUGUUCCAGGAAAACGGCAAGGAUUUCAUUGUCCGGGAUACCCUCAAGGAGCUGGUGGCCGGCAUGAACGAGCUGGCCAAGGAGCGCAACGGCCCCGUCCUGGAAUACGAAAAGGUCAAGGAGGUUGUCGACGCUCGUGACGACCAGUUCAACAACACCUACUCAAAAGACGCCCAGGCCAUGCUCAUCCACAAUGCGAGAACGUACUGGCCAGACAAGCGCAGCCGUGUUGCGGCGCCUCACCGCCUGCAAGACCCUGCCCACGGCCCAUUGAUUGCAGUUCGACUCAACCUGCUCAGCCGCAAGACGCUCGGCGGCAUCGAGACUAACCUCAACAGCAACGUCAUGAGGAAAGACAUGACGCCGUUCCCGGGGCUCUACGCCGCCGGUGAAGUGGCGGGAUUCGGCGGCGGAGGCGUUCACGGCUACAACGCGCUCGAGGGAACGUUCUUGGGAGGCUGCAUCUUUUCCGGCCGCACAGCCGGGCGAGCUGUAGCAGACGAGUUGUCCGAGGUCGUCAAGGAGUGA